CUGGGAGAUGAGAGCCCAUCAUUGGGGUCUGGUGUGAACAUCCAUCAGUGGGUGACGGCACCUCCUGCUCUGGCACCAUGGAAACCCUGGUGUCGGGGAGGAUGCCCAGGGCUGGACUCCUGCUGCUGCCCCUUCUCCUCUGCUUCGGGCCAGAGACUGUCGGGAGCAUCAACCCCGUCGUGCUUGGAGAGAUUGUGGAUCAUGGAGAUAAGGGUGGGCUGGCUGUUGAAUACGCCUUCGCCGUCAGCCUGGAGAAAGCCAGUUGCGAGAACACAUCUGGUCUGGAACAGGUGCUGCCCAGGAACAAGCUGUGGGACAUGCAGGCGGCCAUUAACCAAGAGGGCGACCUGCACGACCCAGAUGAAGGGCACAUUGUGGCUCCCCGGAUGAAGCAGCAGGGUGACCAGAACAGCCCGGUGCAGAAGCUCCUGGCCCAGAUCUACAACGAGAGAAGCUGCCUGAUCUUCUUCACCAUCCGCUCGCCCUGUGCGGGGACGUGCCUGCUGGGGAAGAGGCCCGACAACAUCCUGUGGCUGGUGAGCGACACCUUCCGCCCCCUUGACCACAACUACAAGGCCUUUGUCUUCCGGCAGAUCUACCGGCACCGAGACCUGGGUCCCAAAAGCCUGCUGGAGGCCUGGCACCAGCUGCCCGACGUGCCCCUGCUGCGCUGUGACACCAAUGGCUGCAGGGACUGCAGAGGGAACGACCCCAACACCGACACCAACGCCUGCCUGGAUGAGAUGCGAGCCAUGAGGCAGCCGCUGCACCCACCUGGCAGGGGGCAGGAGAGAGAGCAGGGGGCAGAGGGGAGAGCAGAGGUGGGAGGGGAGAGCAGGGGGCAUCUUCAGAGGGCUGGGGAGAUGGUGGGCAGGAGCCCCAGGGCCUUCAACAAACCGCGGAGAAAGCGCUACAUCAGCGACAGUUCCGAGGAGGAGGAGGGGGCGAUUGAGGGGAGCCCUUUGGCCCAGCCAUUGAUGGAUACCCCGGACCCUGAAACCCAGCCGCUUGUGGGGCCCCGCGAUGAGCGUGAUGGCCUCUUGUUGUCCACCCCCCGGGAGGAGGAAGGUGAUCGCAGCUCGGGGAAGUCACUAGUGGACAAGAUGAACGCUCAGCUCGAUGAUGCCUUUCUAGAGGACCCGGAGACUCUGGACAGCGUUGCACCAAGCAGCGAAGAUGAACCGGGCCCACCUUGUUUUUGCUCAACGCCGAUACAAAAUGUUGAAGAGGACUCCGAGGAUGAUGGCUAUGAGGAGUUUAGGAGGAGGCUUGGCAUGGAACUGACUGAGCCCGUGCCAGGUCGUGAGCGUAACAAAGUCAUGCGGACUAUUGUACGCGUUGCUGUUUAUUCUGUUCUUAAUCACUGUCUUAGGGAAAAGCUUUUUGAAGAUUGUGAGGGCUGUGUCAUAGAUGCACCAGGCCAGCGGCACCAUGACUGUGUGACUUGGACUUCAGUGGAUAUAAACUUCAAGCUCCGGGGCCUGUGUGCUGAGCUGUGUUUGGAAAGCUUAUUAAACACUGUGAUUGCCAUAGGUUAUGCUAUGCAAUGUCUGUGCCUAACCCAAGAACAUUUAGCACAAGGGGUGACCUUGAUAAAUGCUGUGCAAUUCAGUGGAGACCCUGACCAUGUUUUAAAGAAAAUGACCAAACCGGAAGAUGCCUGCUUAGAGCGUUAUAUUGACCGUCUGGUCCGCACAAAAAGUUACAGAACCCUGCUUAAGAAAAAGGCUAUUUGUAAGAAAUCUAAAAGGAUUAAGUUAGAAAAUGGUGAGGUGCCAAACAUGCGAUAUAAAACUUGGUAGCUGUAAAUU